AUGGAGCAUAUCGACGAAGUCCUUAUCACGACUGAUCUCCCGGCAAGGAUGAAGUAUCUCCAAUCCUUCAUUCGAUGGGAUCCAACCAAGGAUGGCCCCCUGAUUGAGGCUUGCAAACCUGUCCUCGCCCCUAUCGUCACCAAUGUCGUCGAUGCCGUCUAUGAUCACCUUCUCCAGUACGACAUUACUGCAGCACCGUUUGCGCCGGCACAAUCUGCGGAAGGACAGUCCGCAGAUGUCCACGAGCUGCAUCGAGACCACGCAAAUAUCAAGUUCCGGAAAGACUUCUUGAAAGGAUACCUUGUCAGGCUGGUUUCGAACCAUGACUGGUCGCCAGAAAGCAAGUUUUGGGCAUAUAUUGACAUGGUCGGAAAAGCACACACUGGGUCAUUGGAUUCGGGUCUCAAGACCCGGAAAAACAAGCCACCAUUAUAUGUGGAAUACCGAGACGUCAACCUAUUACUGGGCUGGGUUGAGAACGCCGUCACAGACAUCGUGAUGGGUGUGGAAGCGCUCGACCUCAAGACCAAAAUCGACGUCCUCAAGGCUCUGAACAAGUACUGGUGGAUCCAGAAUGAUCUUUUCGCAAGACAUUAUAUCACUGAUGGCACAACCGAUGGGAUUGAUGGAGACAAGGUAGGACCUAUGCACUAUGUGGUUGACCUCAGCUAA